GGAAGUAAUCAUAAAUCACUUGACUUACACGUACUCCAAAUCACGCGUGCAGACUACAUCUUUUCAGUUCUACUCAUUUAAACUUGCCAUUUUUUAUUGUUGGUGAUAAAGAAGAAUUGGUGUCAUGGCCAGUGUUGUGCGUGCCGUCUCGGAGCUGGUUGAAGAAGCUCGCGUGAAGUUUGUGCAGGAAUUUGGAGAGGAGCCGCAGCUGGCCGCCUGUGCACCAGGCAGAGUCAACCUGAUCGGGGAGCACACCGACUACAAUGACGGCUUUGUCCUACCAAUGGCCCUGCCAAUGGUGACAGUGGUGGUUGGCAAACAAAACUCAGAUCACAAUGUUUGCAUAGUAACAUUAAAUGAGGAUGCAGACCAGCCUUGGAGAGUGGACUUCAGCCUGCAGACUGAUCUGGUUUCUGGAAAACCUAAAUGGGCAAACUAUGUCAAGGGAGUUAUACACCAUUAUAGAGCUCGUCCUGUCCCAGGGUUCAGGGCAGUGAUAGUGAGCAGUGUUCCUCUAGGAGGAGGUCUGUCCAGCUCUGCUUCACUGGAGGUGGCUUUCUACACCUUUUUACAGCAGAUCAAACCAGAUGAUGGCAAUAAAGUAGCUAAAGCAGUAGCUUGUCAGCAGGGGGAGCACUCUCAUGCUGGGGUUCCUUGUGGCAUUAUGGAUCAGUUUGUUGCUGUUUUGGGUCAAAAAGACCACGCUCUUCUCAUUGACUGCAGAUCUAUGGAGGCCAAGCCUGUCCCUCUGUUGGACACCAAUCUUGUCAUUUUGAUCACAAAUUCCAAUGUAAAGCACUCACUGACUGGCAGUGAGUAUCCCACCAGACGGAGGCAUUGUGAGGCGGCUGCUGUCAGUCUGGGCAAGGCUAGCCUGCGAGAGGCUACAAUGAAGGAACUGGAAAAGGCAAAAGACCUACUAGAUGAAGUAACUUUCAAGCGAGCACACCAUGUAAUUGAAGAGAUACAAAGAACAGAACAAGCUGCUGAAGCCUUGAAAAGUGGAGCUUACAAAGAAGUGGGCAAAUUAAUGGUAGAGAGCCACAACUCACUCAGGGACCUGUAUGAGGUGAGCUGUCCAGAGCUGGAUGAGUUGGUGGUGGCUGCUCUGGAGGUGGAGGGAGUGUUCGGCAGCAGGAUGACUGGAGGAGGAUUUGGGGGAUGUACAGUGACUCUACUGCAGGCCAACGCUGUUGACAGGACAAUCAGCCACAUCAAGGAACGAUACAGUGGAAAUGCUACAUUCUAUGUAACAACCCCAUCAGAGGGAGCCCAAGCUCUAAGUUUCAGUUCAUAAUUGCAGUUGACGCAGUGUGCAAAGUGUGAAGGCAACCAAAUAAUACAUUAAUGAAUAAUACAAUGUAUUUUAGUUGAUUUUAUUUCUUUUUUUAAUAAUUUUUUGUAACUUAUAUUUUAUGCUGUGGAUUGGUUGUGAAUUAAAUUAAAUAAAUGCACAGUUACCCAA